AUGACACCUACAGCCCAGGCGGCGAUCAUCGAUGCUGCCCAGCAUAAUACUCGGGUUUAUAUUCUUGCAAUACUUACCUCAAUGGGUGCCUUCCUUUUUGGAUAUGAUCUAGCAUUCAUUGGAACGUCAAUUGAACUGGCACCAUUCAAAAGGGAUUUUGGACUGGAUCACGCAUCUGAGGCAGUUCAAAACUCAUUCUCCGCUAACAUUGUGUCGUUCCUGCAAGCCGGAUGCUUUUUUUGUUCUUUAGCGGCAGCGCCUGUUGGCGAUAAACUGGGCCGUCGCCUAGCUUUAGUUCUUGGCGCAAUUUCGUUCAUGACCGGGUCUAUUAUGCAAACUGCUUCUGCCGGCAGCAAACCUGUCAUGUAUACGGGAAGGGCCAUUGGUGGAGUGGGUGUUGGAUUUGCCAGCAUGCUGGUACCUUUGUAUACGGCCGAGUGUGCCCCACCGAAGAUUCGAGGACGACUUGUUGGAAUUUACGAGAUCGGCGUGCAAAUCGGUACUUGCCUUGGAUUUUGGAUCAACUUCGGCGUGGGCGGUAACAUGGCACCAACUUCUGCACAAUGGAUGACGCCGUUCGCAUUGCAACUAAUCCCCGGCGGUCUACUCAUCAUUGGGUUGCUGUUCAUGCCAGAGUCACCACGAUGGAUGGCCAAGGCCCAUGGAGGAACCCGACAGGCGUAUAGCUCAUCAGGUCAUCAGGUCGGCGGUUGA